UCCUCCUUUCUUUCUUUCUUUUUCUCUCACUCUCACUCUCACACACAUUCAUUUUAACUCAUCCCUAGUCGACUCAUUUCAUACAUCAUGUGCAACAAGCAUGGCAAUUCCAACCGUGUAGUCCUGCCCACUCACGUCACACCCUCACAUUAUACCCUGACCGUCACUCCAGACCUCAAGGAGUUCACUUUCCGAGGAUAUGUCGAGAUCAACAUUAACAUUCAUGAGGCUACCAAAACCAUCCAGAUCAACACCAAGGAACUGACGAUUAAAUGGGGCCGUGUCGAAAUUGAUGAUAAAACCCAUGAAGCUGUUGAAACGACUUUUGAUGAGCAUCGUGAGACUACUACAUUCACUUUCGAAUCAGAGCUUCCUAAAGGUUCUGCUCUCCUUAGUAUCUACUAUGAUGGGAUUCUUAAUGAUAAGAUGGCUGGUUUCUAUCGCUCAACUUAUAAAGAUACAGAGGGUAACUCUAAGGUUAUGGGUGUCACCCAAUUCGAGGCUACUGAAGCCCGUCGUGCCUUCCCUUGCUGGGAUGAGCCCUCUGUCAAAGCUACCUUCUCGAUUAAGCUUGUUGUCCCCGUUGAGCUCGAGGCUCUCUCUAAUAUGCCCGUUGAAUCCAUCACACAAGUCGAGCCCGAAGAAAAGACAGUCCACUUUGAGAAGACCCCCAUUAUGUCUACUUAUCUCGUUGCUUGGGCUGUAGGUGAUUUUGAGUAUGUCGAGUCCACCACCACCAAGCUCAAAAACCCUGUUACUUGCCGUGUCUACACCCUCCCGGGAUUGAAGGAACAAGGUCGUUUCGCUGUCGAAAUUACGCCAAGAAUCCUCGAGUAUUUCUCCGAAAUCUUUGGAACUGCUUAUCCUCUGCCCAAGCUGGACCAAAUUGCUGUUCCUGAUUUUGACAUGGGUGCUAUGGAGAAUUGGGGUCUUGUCACUUACCGUACUGUUGCUCUUCUCUUUGAUGAAAAGACCUCUGAUUUGCGUUUCAAAGAGCAAGUCGCAUCCACUGUUGCUCAUGAGCUCGCUCAUCAGUGGUUCGGAAACUUGGUUACGAUGGAGUGGUGGGAUCAUCUUUGGCUGAAUGAAGGAUUUGCCACCUGGGUUGGAACUUUGGCUGUUGAUCAUCUCUUCCCCAAAUGGGAUACUUGGCCUACUUUCAUUGUCUCCGAUGUUCAACGUGGUAUUUCUUUGGACUCACUUCGCAGUUCCCAUCCUAUUGAGGUCCCUGUCAACGACCCUCAUGAGAUUCACCAGAUCUUUGAUGCCAUCUCCUACUCCAAAGGUGCCUCUGUCAUUCGCAUGUUGAGCAACUGGUUGACAGUUGAUGUCUUUCUGGCUGGAAUCCGCCGAUAUCUCAAGAAGCACGAAUAUAAGAACGCUACUACGGACGAUCUCUGGAACGCUCUUUCAGAAGAGUCCAAAGUUGAUGUCAAAGAGUUUAUGAAUACCUGGACUCGCGUCAUUGGUCUCCCUGUUUUGAAUAUUACAGAGGAAGCUGGUAUUAUUACUGUAGAGCAGCACCGCUAUCUAUCUACCAAUGAUGUCAAGGCUGAGGAUGAUGAGACUAUCUGGUGGGUUCCUUUGGGUGUCCAUCCUAAGCCUGCCUCGAUCACUGACCCCAAUCAGACUCUCAAGACUCGUACGCUGAAGUUUGAAGUCCCUGAGGGCCCUUAUCUGUUCAACAAGGAUUACAAUGGUGUGUUCCGCACUAAUUAUCCUCCAAGCGCCAUUUCCCGUAUCGGAAAGGCCAUCCUAGAGGGCUCGGACCUUGUAUCAUUGAGCGAUCGUGCUGGUCUCAUUGCUGACAUCUCAUCUUUGGCCAAGUCUGGUCACACUGCCACCAAGAACUUUUUGGACUUGGUUCAAUACUACAAGAAUGAGAAGACAUAUGUCGUCUGGGAGCUCCUUGCACAACGUGUAAGUGAGAUUGGAGCCAUCUUUGCAGACAAUGAGCGCGUUUACCAGGGCAUCCGCCACUUCCAGCGCAAUUUGAUUGACAACAUGGUCAACAAACUUGGAUGGGAGUUCCCUGAGGGGGAGGACUACCUUACGAGCCGUCUCCGUAACGUGAUCCUUCGCACUGCUGGUCGUGCUGGCCACGAGGCUACUGUUGCAGAGGCUAAACGUCGCUUCGCCAUCUUUGUUUCUGAUCCCAGCCAGGAUUCCAUUCUCCACCCUUCGGUUCGUCAGACUGUCUUUGAGAUCGUGUUAAGCAACGGUGGCGAACAAGAGUUCCGUCAUGUCCUCAAGUACUUCCAUGAUGCUCCCAAGCAGGAUCAGCAGGUUGUUGCUCUUUUGGCGCUCGGUCACGUCCAGCAACUUGACCUGAUCGCCGAGGUUCAGCAGUUGGCCAUUUCAGGAGCUGUCCGCUCUCAAGACAUUCUUUAUGUUUUGAUUGGACUGGCUACUAACCCUAAGGCUCGCUUGCCUACUUGGGAAUUUGUCAAGAACAAUUGGCCUGUGCUGCAGGAGCGUUAUAAGUCUUCGAUGGGCCUGUUGGGUAUGUGCGUUAAGUAUCCCUUGGCUCAGGUUUCAGACAGUGCGUUGGUAAAGGAGGUGACUGAGUUCUUUGCGGACAAGGAUACCAAAGACUUCCAGCGUGCACUGGACCAAGCCAUCGAGGGAUUGAACGUCAACUCUGCAUGGGUGUCGCGAGAACAGGAGAGCCUUUCUGAAUGGUUGACUGCAAACAAGUUGUAGACAUCUUAGUUUACUUGUAUGAUAUGUAUAGCCUGUAUGUUAUUGAAGCAUUAUGAAUAGAGCAGUGCCGUUUUCAG